GAUUUACGUUUAGUCGCAUUUAUUAUUUCACUUCAUUCUAAGUAGCAUCCACUGACACAGGCACAGACAAACAAACACAGCCACAACAACUGUAGAAGUUAGCACCAUGGCCUCCCAGAUGAUUGCGCUGAACCCCGACAAACGGGAUGACAUCUACUAUCGCUAUAAGAUGCCCGCGGUGAUCACGAAGGUGGAGGGGAGUGGGAACGGUAUCAAGACGGUGAUUCCGAACAUCCACGACAUCUGCCUUGCGAUGAACCGGCCGGAGAAGGUGCUGAUGAAGUUCCUCCAGUUCGAGCUUGGCGCCCAGCUCUACGUCUCGGAGAAGGAUGACAAGUACCUGCUCAUGGGGAGCCACUCCGCAGAGCGUAUGCAGGGGCAAAUCGACAACUUCAUUCGAAAACUCGUCCUGUGCAAGGGCUGCGGGAACCCUGAGACCUCGGUAGGGUUGGAGGGCUCCCAUAAGGACGCGUCAGAUAUCUCGAUGGUCUGUGGGGCCUGCGGAAAGCGCUCCGUGAUGGAACCCCACCGCGUCCUGACCGUGAUGAAGCAGCAUUAUAAGAAAUUCCCGGAGCUAGCGAAGGCCGCCAAGGGCGCCGCCGAGGCCAGAAAGAAAUCUGACCAAAACGACGCCGCGGAUGGUGCGGCAGAUAAUGCGAACAGCAUGAAUAAUUCAAAUGCAGCCAUCUCAUCGCCUCUGCGGGAGAAGGAAACGCGGGCCUUUGCGAAGUCCGAGCUGACCGAUAACCGCGAAAACGUCAUUGACGUCCUCGCCCGCGUGUUUAAAGAAUGCGGGGAGAACCGAAGUCUCCUGAUCGAACGUGUGGUGCGAUUGAUGUCGGAGUACAACGUUAGUGAAACGCAUAUCCCGGCGUUUAUUAUACUCAUGAUGGCGAGCUACAACAGCGAUAAUUUGCUUUCCACAAUGAAGCAAUAUUCUUUCCUAUUACGACGGUUUAAUACCGUCCCGGAGCUCUUCUCGAGACAGGAAACCCAUGACGAGAAGGAGCUCACGGAGCUACGGAAACGCGAGGCGAGGAUACAGAAAACGUUUCUGAAGCAAUGCCAGCUAACCUGUGCGCAGAAUUACAACUCAGAUAAGUUGGCAGUGAUGAUUUUCUUGCUCUAUAUUGAGGGGAUUUUGAAGGACACAAGCAUUAUGACGUGGGCGACGAAAAAGGAAUCCAAGCAAGUUGUAGAUCCGGCGUUGGAUGCGGAAAUGAAGCAAAAGGUGAUGCCAAUUUUGGAAUGGCUUGGGUGUAAUUAAAUGAAAUAAAAAUAAUAAUAAAAAGGGAGGAUUGAGUUGAUUAAAGAAGAAAAAUAAUGGUCUCAGUGUGCAUGACAAGAACCAAUAAGAUAAAAACCUGAUGCACCUUUUCUUUUCAGCCUUUUCUUAACUCAUCUUUCUGUAUGUUUGCGUGUAUGUUGAGGGUAGGGAAAUUUAGCGAGAAAGAGUUUCUAGAAACACUUCUAUACUCUUCAUCUAAAAAAUAUGUCUUAGUUUUCAAUUAUUCACUAUAUUUUCUGUCGAUGAAAGGAGUUCUUGAGGUAAGUGUGAGCAUUUUAUAAAUUUCACUUUUAAUCGAAUCGUUCAUAUCAAUUAUUAAGAAAUUUACUUUACCUUUCUUUUUCGUACGGUCGUAUUUAAUGAUACACUAUCGUGAAGCGGGAAAAAAAUAAAAUGCGGUUGUCUUGAAUGUUAAAUUCUGUGCCUUUCCAUGAUAUUUAACUAUAAAAGAAAUUUUUUAUUCCAGUAUGCGAUA